AAGUUAGAAUCUGCCAGCCACACGACUCAGACUCAGAGCACUAAAACGGUCAGUAGACCACGGCUUCGUGGUCGUCGUCGUCUUCAUCAUUAUCACCAUUUCUCCCUCCCUUUCAUUCAACCAACUACCCCCGAAACCCUAUAUUUCUUUCCAUUUACACCUGAUCUGGAUCUUACUCUCUCCCACCCAAAUCUUUGCUCCUUAUUCGGAUCGCUAUGGCGAGUCCAAACCCGUUCAAGGCGAUUUUGAAGGGACUUGAGAAGCCCGACGGUGGUGAAUUCGGCAAAUACUACAGCUUGCCAGCUCUCAACGAUCCCAGAAUCGAGAGGCUACCGUACUCAAUCAGAAUCCUUCUCGAAUCGGCAAUUCGUAACUGCGAUGAGUUUCAGGUUAAGAGUAAGGAUGUUGAAAAGAUCAUUGAUUGGGAGAACACUAGUCCCAAACAGGUUGAGAUCCCAUUCAAACCUGCUAGGGUACUUCUUCAGGAUUUUACUGGGGUUCCUGCUGUUGUUGAUCUUGCUUGUAUGCGUGACGCAAUGAAUAGGCUUGGAGGAGAUUCUAACAAGAUUAACCCAUUGGUUCCUGUAGAUCUUGUCAUUGAUCACUCUGUUCAGGUUGACGUGGCAAGAUCAGAGAAUGCAGUGCAGGCAAAUAUGGAGCUUGAGUUCCAGAGAAACAAAGAGCGAUUUGGCUUCCUUAAAUGGGGAUCAAAUGCCUUCGAUAACAUGCUUGUUGUUCCUCCUGGUUCAGGGAUUGUCCACCAGGUUAACCUAGAGUACCUCGGUAGAGUUGUGUUCAACAGAGGUGGCUUGCUUUAUCCUGACAGUGUUGUUGGAACAGAUUCACACACGACAAUGAUUGAUGGAUUGGGUGUUGCUGGCUGGGGAGUUGGCGGGAUAGAAGCAGAAGCCACUAUGCUUGGACAGCCAAUGAGCAUGGUGUUGCCUGGUGUGGUAGGAUUUAAAUUAAAAGGAAAGCUGAGGAAUGGUGUGACAGCCACAGACUUGGUUUUGACAGUAACCCAAACGCUGAGGAAGCACGGGGUUGUGGGCAAGUUUGUGGAAUUUUAUGGGGAAGGCAUGAGUGAGUUGUCUUUAGCAGAUCGUGCAACUAUUGCUAACAUGUCUCCCGAGUAUGGUGCAACCAUGGGCUUCUUUCCUGUGGAUCAUAUAACUCUGCAAUAUCUGAGACUGACUGGAAGAAGUGAUGAUACCAUUGCUAUGAUAGAGUCAUAUUUACGUGCUAAUAAAAUGUUUGUGGACUACAGUGAGCCCCAGGUUGAGCGAGUGUAUUCCUCAUAUCUAGAGCUAUCUCUGGAGGAUGUGGAACCCUGUGUCUCAGGUCCAAAGAGGCCACAUGAUCGUGUUCCUUUGAAAGAAAUGAAAGCAGAUUGGCAUUCAUGUCUUGACAACAGAGUUGGAUUCAAGGGUUUUGCUGUACCUAAGGAAUCCCAAAGUAAGGUCGUUGAGUUCAAUUUUAACGGAACCACAGCACAACUUAGGCAUGGAGAUGUUGUAAUAGCAGCCAUUACAAGUUGCACAAAUACCUCAAAUCCUAGUGUAAUGCUUGGAGCUGCUUUGGUUGCAAAGAAAGCCUGCGAGCUAGGAUUGGAGGUUAAGCCAUGGAUCAAGACAAGUCUUGCUCCAGGUUCUGGUGUUGUAACCAAAUACUUGCAGAAAAGUGGGUUGCAAAAGUAUUUGAAUCAGCUUGGAUUUCAUAUUGUUGGGUACGGUUGCACCACAUGCAUUGGAAAUUCAGGAGAUCUUCAUGAAGCUGUGGCAUCAGCUAUCUCUGAAAAUGAUGUAGUAGCAUCUGCUGUUUUGUCUGGAAAUAGGAAUUUUGAGGGUCGUGUGCAUCCCCUAACAAGGGCUAAUUACCUUGCUUCUCCUCCCCUUGUGGUUGCCUAUGCACUUGCUGGCACGGUGGAUAUUGAUUUUGAAACAGAACCAAUUGGAUUAGGCAAGGAUGGGAAGAAUAUAUUUUUCAGGGAUAUUUGGCCAUCUAACGAAGAAGUAGCAGAGGUUGUGCAAUCAAGCGUGCUUCCUGAUAUGUUUAAGGCUACAUAUGAAGCAAUCACCAAAGGAAACCCCAUGUGGAAUCAGUUAUCUGUACCUUCUGGCACCCUCUAUUCCUGGGACCCCAAAUCAACCUACAUACAUGAGCCACCAUAUUUCAAGGAUAUGACUAUGUCUCCUCCAGGACCUCAUGGAGUAAAGGAUGCUUACUGUUUGCUCAACUUUGGAGAUAGUAUUACAACUGAUCACAUAUCACCUGCCGGUAGCAUUCACAGGGACAGUCCCGCAGCCAAAUACCUUAUUGAACAUGGGGUUGAUAGAAGAGACUUCAACUCUUAUGGAAGUCGACGUGGUAAUGAUGAAGUGAUGGCAAGGGGCACUUUUGCAAAUAUUCGUCUGGUCAACAAGUUUUUGAAAGGAGAAGUUGGUCCUAAGACUAUUCACAUUCCCACUGGGGAGAAACUUUCUGUGUUUGAUGCAGCCAUGAGGUACAAGAGUGAAGGACGAGACACAAUUGUUCUUGCUGGUGCUGAGUAUGGAAGUGGAAGUUCUCGUGAUUGGGCUGCUAAGGGUCCUAUGCUACUGGGUGUGAAAGCAGUCAUCUCAAAGAGCUUUGAGAGGAUUCACAGAAGCAAUUUGGUAGGCAUGGGUGUCAUUCCACUAUGUUUUAAGGCAGGAGAAGAUGCGGAUACACUUGGAUUAACUGGUCAUGAACGAUACAGCAUUGAUCUUCCAGCCAGUGUUAGUGAAAUUAGACCUGGUCAAGAUGUGACAGUGGUGACAGACAAUGGCAAGUCGUUCACAUGUACACUACGUUUUGACACCGAGGUUGAACUUGCUUACUUUGAUCACGGAGGCAUUCUCCCAUAUGUCAUCAGGAAUUUGAUCAACUCAAAACAAUGAUUCAGCGACAAGUGACUUGGCGUCUGGUUUGGAGGGUUCUGCACCUAAGAAAAUCUUCCUUGGGUUGGCGUGUCGCCGGUUUUAGUGCUGACCCCAAUUAUUUUUAAAUAAAGGAACUUUGAUGCCCUUGCAAGGAAAAAGGAAUAAAUACAAGGGAAACUAUGGGAAGUUUUGACUGAUGUGAUUGUAUCAUUGGUGCAGAAUUUUCAAUAUUAAGCCACAAUCCUUUCAAUCGUUCAA